CAGCGAGUCUCUGACAGGCUUGGGGAGGGGGCUCGCUGCAAACAAGAGCCCGCAGGAGUCUUUAAAAGGACUUCUCCGAGCUGCAAGGGAGCCAGAGCAGGGGAGGCAAUGCAGGUCUCUGGUAGCCCUUUCUCCUCUCCGGGGACACACAGAGAGUGCUCGCAGCCCCUCCCCGGAGCAGCUGCCCCCCUGGCAAGGGGCUACUCCCAAACUGGGGUGCAGGGGGCUGGGGCGGAGCAGCGGAACAGCCAUCAGAGCGAGCACAGCGAGGGGACAAAGCCAGGAACAAGAUGCCUAUGAAAUUUAAUCUCUCCUAGCCUCGAAAGGGAAAACGCAGGAGCGAAAAGUUAUGGAUCCUUUAUACUUCACCAACACGUUCAGCACAGAAGCUGGUUCCAGAGAUGUGAACUCCUCCCUGCUGGUGAACAUGACAGAGAAUGGGACACUCUCAGAGCAACCUGCGUUCAAAUACAUCAACAAAGUGCUGGUGCCCAUCUGCUACCUGCUGGUGUUCGCGGUGGGGCUCAGUGGGAACACCCUGGUGAUUUACGUGGUCUUGCGCUAUGCCAAGAUGAAAACCGUCACCAACAUUUACAUCUUGAAUCUGGCUGUUGCUGAUGUACUCUUCAUGCUAGGCUUGCCCUUCCUGGCCACUCAGAAUGCCAUCUCCUACUGGCCUUUUGGCUCCGUUCUCUGCAGGCUGGUUAUGGCAGCGGAUGGCAUCAACCAGUUCACCAGCAUUUUCUGCCUGACUGUGAUGAGCAUGGACCGCUACCUGGCAGUAGUUCAUCCCAUCAAAUCCACCAAGUGGAGACGUCCCAGGGUGGCUAAGCUCAUCAGCGUGACUGUUUGGACGUUCUCCUUCUUAGUGGUGCUUCCAGUCAUCAUCUUUGCGGAUGUACAGGAAGACUUUCAGACCUGCAACAUGAACUGGCCAGAGCCUGUCAACAUCUGGUCGGCAGCCUUCAUCAUUUACACGUCAGUGCUUGGGUUUUUUGGCCCUUUGUUGGUGAUCUGCCUCUGCUACUUGCUGAUUGUGAUUAAAGUCAAGUCUUCGGGGAUCCGAGUUGGAUCUACGAGGCGCAGGAGAUCGGAGAGGAAGGUGACCAGGAUGGUGGUGAUCAUUGUGGUGGUCUUUGUGUUUUGCUGGCUCCCCUUUUACAUGAUGAACAUUGUCAAUUUGAUAUUUAUACUGCCAGAAGACCCUGUGUUGGUUGGGCUCUACUUCUUUGUGGUGGUCCUAUCCUAUGCAAACAGCUGUGCCAACCCUAUUCUUUAUGGAUUUCUUUCUGACAACUUCAAGCAGAGUUUCCAGAAAGUCCUUUGUCUCCAAAAGGGCAAUGGUGUGGAGGAUGGUGACCCCAUUGAACACAGGCAGGAGAACAGCAGCCGCUUGCAGGAAUCCAUGCUAACCCAGAGGAACAUUGAAUUCAAUGGACACAUGCAGACUAGCAAGGUGUGAGGGCAUGGUUUGGUACUGCAAAGCAUCUGUAGACCUGGACAACUUGAGGACUUCAAGGAGAGAGGGACUCAUAGCAAAACUGAGAUCUGGAGGCCCACAAGCUCAGAUAAAUGUACAUAGACUUUACUCACUCCCUUUUCCCAGCUAAAAGUGUUAUGGUCUAUACUGGGCUGCGUGAUGCUCUGAUGGUGUUGUGGCCAAGUCAGAUGUCUUUUAGCAUGCUCUGUGCUCUAGAGAAAUGAUUUACUGGUACACACUGCCAGCUCUGAACCACUUUAAUGAUGCAAACAACACCAAACUUGUUUUAAACACCUGGUGAAGCUGAGCUUAUGGCUGCUGGGAUCAGCUCAGAGCAGAAACCAGCUCAGAUAAUAUCCUUGGAAGUCUUGAAGGGGAUCCCUUAAAAGCAAAACACUGUUUCUUAAGAGGAAAUUUCAUAGAGCAAAGGCCACAGCACUGAUCUUGGAAUGUGCAUGGUUGUAGAGUGCUGUGAGGUCCAUUUACACUGGUUUACUGUCAUUCACCCAUAGGAGAGCUUUAUAAUGUUGGGGGAUCCUUCAAACACAGUAAAAAAGAAGCAAGAGCAAGACUAGGAGACCGUUGGAAGGAUUCAGUGCAUUCAUGGCACUUGCACAGCCCAGCCCAACCUGCAUAUAAACUGUAAUGUAACCACUUUGUUAUGAUGUCAGUGAUGAUGAUUGUGAAGUCUUGGACAGCUGUUGUGUAUAUUUAUUGGUUCUGAAUGUCAGUAUGGACGUGAAUAUAAAACUGUAUUCUCAGAAAUUAAACCAAGUUCAAUCCCC